UAUUUAGCUUUUUUGAGAAAGUGGCUUUCUAAUAUUUUUGUGGAAAUUAAGUAGUUUGACUAUUUUAAUGGAAAAAUAAUUUGACAUAGAGACUAAACGUGUGGUAAUUCGUUAAUUGUGCAGUGAAACGAAUUUGAACCCGAAAUUUACGUGUGAAAAGGAUUAAUUCGUUUUAGAAAGCAACAUGGAAGCACUGACAGUUCCGCCAUGAAUGCAAAAUAAAUAGAAAUUCUGAAGGGGGUGGAAGCCAGCAAGGAUACGUUAGAAACUUCACAAUGUUGAGAGGUGGGCGUGGAGGUCGUCACAGUCCGGAGCUGUACCCUCAUACACUGAAGUGCUCCAACGCAAGUGACACAAGCUCGGCAUAUAGUGGUAGUGAUACAAUGACCUCUGUCCACAGUUCACUGGAUAUGGACAUGGAGGUAGACCUAUCUGGUCUCCUUGAGUCCAUAGUUGAUUCAGACGAGGAAGAGGAUUUGGAGGAGAGCAUGGACAGUCUUCUUGUACGUGAUGCUGUUCGGGAAUGCCUUGAAAAAGAUCCAAAUGAAAGAACCGAUGACGAUGUAGAAAUCCUCUUGGAAUUUACUCAACACCUAAAGGCUUUUACUAAUAUGACUUUGACUGUAAGAAAAGCAUUAUGUGCUGUUAUGGUCUUUGCUGUUGUAGAAAAGGCUGGAACUGUAGUUAUGAAUGAUGGAGAGGAACAUGAUUCAUGGUCUGUCCUUAUCAAUGGACAAGUUGGUAUUGAACAUUCAAAUGGAGAAAUUGAACAUUUGAAUGUUGGAGAUAGUUUUGGAAUGGCAGAAGCGACACUUGAGAAAUUAUACCAUAGAGGCAUAAUGACUACUCGAUGUGAUGAUUGUCAGUUUGUGUGCAUUACACAAACUGAUUACUAUCGUAUUCUCCAUCAAGGUGAGGAAAACAUAAAGCGGCAUGAAAAUGAUAAUGGUGUAAUUGUGUUAGUUACUGAAUAUAGGGGUAUUGCUGGUGACUCAGGGCAUCAGCAAGGGCAUGUGGUUAUAAGAGGCACUGCUGAACGGCUAAUGUUGCAACUUAUAGAAGAUAAUAUUCGAGAUUCUACAUAUGUAGAAGAUUUCUUAUUAACCCAUAGAACUUUUAUAGAAAGCCCUCUAGUUGUUGCAAAACAGCUACUUGCCUGGUUCUCUGAACCAACAGUUCGUGACAGAGUAACAAGAGUAGUAUUGUUAUGGGUUAAUAACCACUUUACAGAUUUUGAGACAGACCCAAAUAUGAUGGAGUUUCUAGAGAGUUUUGAGACUGCUUUAGAACAUGACAAGAUGGAAAGCCAAUUAAGACUAUUAAAUAUAGCCUGUUCUGCUAAAGCAAGAACUAGGAGUGUCACUUUAUCACGGCCAUCAAGGGAUGAACCUUUAAAUUUUACUGUUUUUGGUGGUUAUGAAAGAGGAUAUGGAAUCUUUAUAUUAAAAGUAGAGAAACAUUCGAAAGCAGAGGAAGUAGGAUUGAAAAGAGGAGAUCAAGUUAUAGAAGUUAAUGGUCAAUCCUUCCAACAUGUUAGUCUUGCAAAAGCUAUAGAAAUAAUCACUGGUUCCACACAUUUAAGUAUUACAGUAAAAAGCAAUUUGUUAGCCUUUAAACAAAUGCUAUUAAUGCCUGAAAACUCACCAAGACAAAGAGGUGCUGCUAACAUGGCACGGUGGCAGUCAGAUCCUAGAGCUAGAUUAUCUACAGCUGAAUUCUUAAGUGACGAUCAUAUGUUAAAUGUUUUUCAAUCUCCUACUAAAAAGUCACAGCAACUGAAUAUUAAAAAAGAACCUCAAAAAGGAUUCAUGACCCUUGGACCAAAAAGAAGACUACAAAAAGCAUUAAUGAAAAUGAAUAUUUUGCCUAAAAAUACAAUUACAGAUGGUUUGCACACUGAUGAUAGUAUAAUCUCAAAUUCUGAAUCUUUAAAUAAAGCUAAUAGUAGUACAUCAUUCUAUAAUUCUCAUAGUAAUCCUGAUUUAAUAUCAAUCUGUUAUGAUGAAUAUCAAUCAUCAGACUAUCCUGAACAUGUAUUAAAAGUCUAUAGAGGAGACCAGACUUGCAAGUAUCUUUUAGUGCACAAAGAAACUACAGCUAGAGAAGUUGUAAUGCUAACAUUGCAGGAGUUUGGCAUAACUGAGUCCAGUUCAAAUUUUUCCCUUUGUGAAGUAUCUGUUGCACAGGGUGGUAUUAUUAAGCAGCAUCGUUUACCAGAUCAAUUGCAAAACCUAGCUGAACGCAUUGGACUGAGUUCUCGUUAUUAUUUAAAAACAAAUGGUGUCAGUGAAACUUUAGUACCUGAUGAGAUGGCCCCAGAACUACUUAGAGAAAGUGUUGUCCAUUUUUUGCAGUUAAAUGCUGUUGAAGUUGCUGUUCAGUUAACUUUGCAAGAUUUUUGUAUUUUUCGACAAAUAGAGAGCACUGAAUAUGUUGAUGAUCUGUUUGAAUUAAAAAGUAGAUAUGGAACACCUAUGUUAUCACAGUUUGCUGAACUUGUAAAUAAAGAAAUGUUUUGGGUUGUGACUGAAGUUGUUAAUGAGCAAAAUUUAGUUCGGCGGUCAAAAAUUGUAAAACAAUUUAUCAAAGUAGCUCGACAUUGUAAGGAAUGCAAAAAUUUUAAUUCUAUGUUUGCUAUCAUAUCUGGAUUAGGUCACGGUGCAGUAUCUAGGUUAAGGAUGACUUGGGAUAAAUUACCUACCAAAUAUUAUAAACUGUUCACAGAUUUACAGUUGUUGAUGGACCCUUCUAGAAACAUGUCUAAAUAUAGACAAUUGGUAACAACAGAACAAGGUAGGUCACCUGUUAUUCCAUUUUAUCCUGUUGUUAAAAAAGAUCUUACAUUUAUUCAUCUUGGCAAUGAUACUAAAGUCGAAGGAAUGGUAAACUUUGAGAAAUUGAGAAUGAUUGCUAAAGAAGUUCGAACGCUCACUAAUAUGUGUAGUUCUCCGCAUGACCUUCUGACUUUGUUAGAACUAGGUAAACAACCACCAUCAACUGCUAUGGUAGCUUUGAAUCAACUUACUACUGGAGGUGUCCAACAAGGUCAAGUUACUGUAAAAAGAAGGAAAAAAUCUUCAAAUGUUCCAAACCCUAAAAAGAUGUUUGAAGAAGCACAAAUGGUUCGAAGAGUUAAAGCUUAUUUAAACCGUAUGCAUGUAGAAACUGAUGAGGAGCGACUGCAUGCACUGUCACUGGAAUGCGAGGGAGCCGGGCCGGCCCCUGUUAUGCCUCGUCGUCGACAUCCAUCGCCUUCUUUGUCUACUACUAGUAGUGCCUCAUCUGCCAGUGAAAGUAAAAAGAGUUUUGCAGGCAACAAAUUCGGCACUGCUUCACCCCAAGCAGUGAGAAAGUUGUUGGCAUUAUCUGAGCCAGCAAAAACUAGACCUCAUCAACCUAGACCACCACCUCCGGGCCCUUCACCGUGUUCGCACCGACGUGAUGGACCAGGUCCUGGUAUUUGUUGUCCACGAACUGCACAUGAAAGGUCUCACUCGGACACACCUACACCUUUACCUGUAGAUUUAUCUGCAGAAAGCAGUAGUGUCACAUCAUUAGUAAACUUGCCGUUAAGAAAGACCAGUUCAGCGACAUCGAGUGACAGCGGACACGGUUCUUGUACGGCGGCGACCUGUGUGCGGCCUGUGCCACCGCCACGUAUGCCGCAACCCUACUCGCUCGCUGCACAAGUGGCUCGGCUCGAACGUCUCAGUCGAGCCCAUUCUCAUGAGGGUGUUACUCGUCCUUAUGAGUUUUAUCAUGACACACCAGACGACGAUGACGAUGAUCAACAAGUGUCUGCCGUUUAAAUUUUAAUACUCUAAAUCAAUGUCUAUUUAAACAAUUCACUGUUCUGUAAUCUCACUUAAGGAUAGAAGGCACAAUUUUAUAAAUUUCUAAUACUAAUAUCAUGUAUGUACCCUAUACAAGUAAGUCUAAAGACUGUAUAAUUAAGUUAAUCCUAGUGUUAUAUAAUGUAAAAUUUCAUGAUAAGCUAUGCCUCUAUUAAUUAAUUAUUAUUAUUAUUAUGAUGUGACCCACCAUUUUCCAGUUUCGUCUAGAGAUGUUUGAUGUAUACCAAUUGUGAUCUAGAGUAUCCAAUUUUGGUAUCUCUACAUUCCGUUAUUUGUAAAAUAUUAAAAUAAUUUUCAUUAUUUAUAUUUUGAAACUUAGACCAAAUAAUAAUGAAUGUACCUUUAAAUAUAAAUUUAUAUAUUUCAAUGAUUCAAAUAUAUUAUGUUGUAGUAUUUUGUGGUAGCUCUGU